AUGCAACGGCCGCUUCUGGCUUCCACGGCGGCAUGCCUGGCCCCCAGGGUGGGCGUCGUGGCACCGAUGAUCAUGGGCGCGCAGCAGCGGCUGGCGGUGCAGGGCGUGCGUUUCGCCUCAGUCAAGGCGCAGGGAGCGUACAAAAAGAAGAGCAAGAGGGGGAUUCCCAAGAAGCUGGGGGCCAAGAGGACAGGAGACCAAUUCGUCAUCCCCGGCAACAUCAUCUACAAGCAGCGCGGAUCUCACUGGUGGCCAGGAGAGAACUGCAUCAUGGGCCGCGACUUCAGCAUCCACUCGAUGGCGACGGGCUACGUCAAGUACUACCGGGACCCGGCGCGGCACCCGGACCGCAAGUACAUCGGCGUCACCUUCAACAAGGAUGACGUGCUGCCCUACCCGGUGCACGCCGAGAGGAGACGCAGGCUGGGUCUGACGGCCCACGCCACCAAGCAGGCCGCCUCCCAGCCAACCAUCUCGCCCUCCGGUAUCCCCUUCGAGGUGACGCGCGUGGAGAAGGGUGAGCCCGACCGCCUGCUCCGCCUGCGCGCCGACUACUCGUACCGUGAGGACAACUGGCGCAUCGGACGGCUGGCCAAGACGACGGCCAUCCGCACAAAGAGCUUCCGCACCCGCAAGCAGUGGUUCCGCAACCGUCGCUGGCGUCGCGAGAGGGAGAUUGCCGGCAUGAAGAAGGCCGCUGAGACCAGGGCCCGCCUCGGCGCCUCCGACGGCGGACAGUCAAAGAAGCCCAUGAGCAAGAAGCAGAUGGCUAAGCAGGCCAAGAAGGAUAAGAAAGCUAAGAAAUAA